AUGUGUGAUAACGAACUAGAGCUUAGGAACAAAGAUUCUCCUCCCUCUGUGGAGAAGGACAAACGACAUCAAGAUGAGAUAAAGAGCUCAAACAUGGCCGGCCGUAAAGCAGCAAAGUCUCUCAGACUAUUCCGCGGGUCCGAGUCGUCUGAUAGUUUGCCAAAAAUGCACAAAGAAUCAAAGAUUGCCUCCACUUUUGACGGCGAUCCUCAUACUGACAGGAGUGAAGGUCAAAGCUCCACUCGCCAUAAUUCAUUCACCAUCACAUCGGUGGACCUGGAGCGACACAAAUGCCAUCCUUCUAUAUACCCUAGCAUGCCUCCUUUGGAGCCCGUGUCGUCGGCAACUUAUAUCCCUCAUACACCUGUGGAUUCGCGAUGUAGAGCAGUUCCCGAGCAUCUUACUGCCGCCGCUGAGUUUGAUCAUGAAGUGAACAACCCCGAAGUGCUAAGCGAAAUUGAAGAAAUUGAGGAGGCUAUUGAGAAGGAAAGCCGCGAUGUGCAUUGUGCGGAUUCCUCAAGAUCAGCAUCGCCUUUUUCCGACUCGGCAGAUUACACACAGAAUAAACAUGAGCAAUUCUCUGGGGGAAAGUUCCCAUUGGCAGUGGAGUUGCAGCCUUUCAAGAACAAAGUGGGAGGCCAUACAGCAAUUUUCAAGUUUAGCCACAGAGCUGUUUGCAAAGCGUUGGUCAACCGGGAAAAUACUUGGUACGAAAAUAUCGAACUUGCACACCCUGAACUGCUAAAAUUCAUGCCUCGUUAUAUCGGGGUUUUGAAUGUGCGAUACAGCAGUUUAGCGGAUGACGCUUAUGAACCCGCAUCUUACGAUAACGAUCAUUCAUUAGAGACCAGUCACAAGGGAGACGAACUUCCUCCCGAGGUGGUUUUAGACGACAAUAGACACAUAUUCCCGGAGUCGCUUUGGAACCAUUACUCCACCAGCUCGCCACUUCCGGAUAGAUCCAAUCCUAAUUCUUUCAGUGACUCUGGUAGCUUGUUUGCAUCUCCACAAAGUCGAGAUGGUAAAGAAUCACACGAUGAGUGGGGAGCUACUAAAGUCAACACUAAACUACAAGAACUGGUCUUGACAGAAGUGUUUGCACCCAUUAAGGAAUACGCUAGGAGAGCACGAAGCAAGGCAACUCACACAGGACACCAUAAAACGAGUAGCUUCGCAGGGGCUCGUUCCACAAGAUCGCAUAGACACUCUACCAGCGGGACAGGAAGUUCAUUCAAAAAGGGAUUACCCACGCCAUUUGAGGAAGGUGUUUCCAGUGCUCAGACUUUUCCUCAGCUGACGGCUCGGAAGGAUCAUUUAAGUGGACACUCAAAUUCCUUGCUGGACCUCAAGAAGCUUGCGCAUGCCGAUGAAUGUAAUUUCCCCGAUAGAGAGACUUUAAUAAACCAGAUCAAGACACUGCCGCAGAAGGAUGAUGGAGGAGGAAUAUUUGAUAUGGACAAAGACACGACAAGCGAGCACGCGAUUAUUGAUGAUGAAGAGAGUUUGUCCUCUCCGCCGCUCUUGAACUCGCCUUCUUUAUCUUCCAGACGUAAACAUACUCGGCUGGAACGCUUCAUUCUUCUUGAAGAUUUGACCUCUGGUAUGCAACAUCCAUGCGUCUUGGAUCUGAAGAUGGGAACUCGACAGUACGGUGUAGAGGCUACAGAAAAGAAGCGGUGUUCGCAGCGGAGAAAAUGCCAACAGACAACUUCUCGACGGCUAGGAACAAGAAUCUGCGGAAUGCAAGUUUGGGAUUUAAAACGGAACAGCUUCAUUAACAGGGAUAAAUAUUUUGGACGCAAGCUCAACGUUGGAUAUGAGUUCGUGAGAUCGCUUGCUAGGUUCCUCUACGAUGGCAUUUCUAUUUUCUCGGUGGUGAAGCAUUUGCCGAAUCUGAUAGAGAACUUGAAUGAGCUGCAGAAAAUUUUCAAGGAGUUGCCUGGCUACAGGCUUUAUGGCUCAUCGAUCCUGUUGAUGUACGAUUCCGAUGCUGACCAUGCGGAAUCGCGGUCGACCUUGAUUGUUCGUCUAAUUGAUUUCGCGCAAUGUGUAAUUGCAAACGAACCUCUUCCUCCAAACACUACUUAUCCGCCAGCGCACAUUGACUCUCCGGAUCUGGGAUAUUUGAAGGGCCUUCAGUCUUUGAUUUUCUACUUCAAACUAAUGUUUCAGGAGUUUACGGGGCUACAGUACACCAACUACGACGAGUCUCUUGUUGUCAUGAAGAAGCUCCAGUCUUCCGUUCUUUCCCGCGGUUGCGAAUGGCUCGACAACUUCGAGAAGGAGCAGCCAUGUCCAUUUGAUUUUGAUCAAGUUCCGCAGUACUCCGGUUCCAUCUUCGAUAAUGCAUCGGAAUAA